GCGCUGUGCUCCACUUCGACUUAUCCUUGCCGUCCCCUCACCGUCCCAAAUUUACACUCUUGGUCCCUAUUCCGGAAACCCCGUCCAUGAAACACAAAUUCUCCUCAUCACGUACAAACCGCCACCAACGCCCGUCAAAAUUUGCAAGCUAGGUUUGAAGAAAUGGGGGACUUAAGGAAGAGAUCUGUGUCUACAACUCCAAAAACUAUACCUGCAGAGGCUACAGUAUCCAAAGACGACAGUCCCCUGAUUCAACCCAAAUACAAACAAAUACUGCUUAUUGCAUUGAUCUGCCUCUGCCCAUAUUUGUAUAUGCUAUGUUACUGUGACAUAGAAGGGGAGUUGAGGAUAUCCAUUUUGAUAAACAUGGUGAUGAGCAUUGGAGCAUUUUUCGCCACAGUUUUUAUUAUCCCAGUGGCUUCCAAAUAUGUUCUUAGGAGAAAUAUGUUUGGGUAUGAUAUCAACAAGAAGGGCUCUCCUCAAGGCUCCAUUAAAGUGCCAGAGUCACUUGGUCUCGUGACUGGAGUUGUGUACUUGGUGGUGGCUAUAUUGUUUCAGCAUUUCAACUUUACCUCAGAUUCUAUUUGGCUUGUGGAGUACAAUGCAGCAUUAGGAUCCAUUUGCUUUAUGCUUUUUCUUGGGUUUGUGGAUGAUGUCCUUGACAUUCCUUGGCGCAUAAAACUGUUCUUACCUUCAAUCGCAGCUCUUCCUUUAUUGAUGGCGUAUGCUGGUCACACCACCAUUGUCAUUCCAAAGCCUCUUCAUCCAUACUUGGGAAUUCAGGUAUUGGAUCUAGGGUGGAUAUACAAGCUGUACAUGUUUCUUCUUGCAGUAUUCUGCACAAAUUCUAUAAACAUUCAUGCUGGUAUAAAUGGUUUGGAAGUUGGGCAAACCAUUGUUAUUUCCUCAGCGAUCUUGAUCCAUAAUCUCAUGCAAAUUGGAAUGUCUUCAGAUACUGAAUAUAAACAAGCCCAUGCCUUCUCUAUUUAUCUUAUCCAGCCUUUGGUUGGAGCUUCUCUGGGUUUACUUUCUUAUAACUGGUACCCAUCAUCUGUGUUUGUUGGUGAUACUUUUACUUACUUUGCUGGAAUGGCACUGGCAGUGGCUGGCAUACUUGGCCAUUUCAGUGAAACCCUGCUAUUAUUCUUCCUACCAGAAGUUUUAAAUUUCCUUUACUCAUGUCCACAGCUUUUCAAAAUUGUGCCUUGUCCUCGACAUCGUUUACCAAGCUAUGAUCCUCAGACACAACUACUCACAGGAAGUAAAGACAUGAAUCUUGUCAAUUUGUUUCUAAGAUUGUUUGGGAGAUGUUCAGAACUAUCACUUUGUGUCAAGUUGCUAGCAUUCCAGGCUCUGUCAUGUGCGUUCUGUUUUGGUCUCCGUUAUUUUAUGGCUGGCUGGUACAAGUAAUUUGACAAUCAAUGGAUCACAUUUCUGGUAACAUUGUUCUUCAUCAGUUACCAAAUGUCCAUCUUGGAUGAAUUGAUCAACCUGCACUUGAGAAGGUUUAGCAGGAUUUUGGAUGUUCUUUUUUUUUUGCAUUCAAUGUUUAAUUUGCACUCCAAAGUGCUACGGUGUUCUUUGAUUUUAUCUCUAAAAUUUGUCGCAACUUGACAUGAUUAAAUAUUUAAUAUAAAAUAGUGAAUAUUGAGAGAAAAUGCCAAAACCUUUGUUUGUCAAAUGAUAAGUACAGGCAAAAUAAAUGAUACCAAUGUAAAGAAUGAUUUAUAGAAUAUGAAAGAACUGAAAUCAGCAACUUCGUAAGUAUA